GCGCGCGCUCCCUUCCCCUUUUCGAAGAACCCGCGCUCUCUCUCUCUCUCUCCCAGCCUCUUUCCCGUCAUCCCGUGGCCUUUCUUCCGGCCUCCCAGUCCCAGCCGCUGGGACUAAGGACUGGCCGAGCGCCGACGCCGUCCUACGCCAGGUGCCCAGGUCUUCGUCGGGCCCUUCGCCAGGGACGAGCACCCAACCAGGGUAGAAUUUUCUGUAAACCACGAAAUGGCUCAGGCCAAAAGGCUGAAUCUGAGAAUGCAGAAAGAGAUUAAGCUUCUACUGGAUGAUCCACCCCAUGGGGUUUCUCUUAAUCUCUCUGAAGAUGAAAAUGUCUUAUCAUCAUUAUCAAGUAUUGAAGCCAGAAUUGAGGGUCCUGAGGGGACGGUUUAUGCUAAUGGAGUUUUCAUUCUGAAGAUACAAAUUCCUGAAAGGUAUCCUUUUCAACCACCCAAUAUGACUUUUGUUACUCCCAUUUAUCAUCCCAAUAUUGAUAAUGGAGGACGCAUUUGCCUUGAUAUUCUGAAUUUACCGCCCAAGGGAGCCUGGCAACCAUCACUCAAUAUUUCUACUGUUUUGACAAGUAUUGGCUUGCUGCUAAGUGAUCCAAACCCGGAUGAUGGGUUGAUGGCUGAAAUAAGUCGAGAAUACAAAUACAACAAACAAGUUUUUGACAUAAAUGCUCGGUUAUGGACAGAGAAGUAUGCUAGUCCUGCUGCUGUUGGUGCUAGCGGUUGGGGUUCUGUAGAUGCUGGUGUCCUGGCACAGAAUACUCAAAUGGAGGGCACAGAUAGCCUGGGAUCAUUGCCAAAUACUUCUCAAAAAGUUUGUGAAGGGAGUCAAAGGAAGAUGCGGUUACUGGGACAAAAGUUAUCACUAAAGCCUGAAAGAUCUGAAGAGAGUAUGAAAACUGUCAAGCAAGAUCCAGUUGCUAGCCACUUACCAUCCAUGGCAGGAUCCACCUAUCCUAAUGUUUGUUUUUCUGAUGCUUCAGGCAGACAGAAUGAUACAUCAGAGAACAUGUCUGUCAGUACUGCUAGUGUAGUGGUUUCAAAGAAAGGUCACCAAGGCAAUAAAAAGGAUUUGCAGUUACCUGGCCAGAGUCUUUCUGUUACCUCAGAAGGCCCUUGCAAAAGCAGUGAUGGCAGUGAUAUGUUACCUAAUCAUCUUCCAACAUAUGCAUCUGGUGCUAAAGAUCACGCCAUGCAAUCUUCUGAUGGCAUUUUAGAGAAUAGUUUGGCAAGGAGAAUUGGUGGAUCAGCAGCUAGUGCGUAUAAAGUGCCAGAAGGAAACCGAAGGAAUAUCAGAGCACUGAAGUUGUCACUGAAAUCAGUAAAUCCUGAAAAGAAAAGUGACAAUCAAAAUGAAAAUAUGGCUCCAAACCAUCUGUCUUCACAGUCAGGAUUCAGCAAUUUGCAGAAAAGACCCUUAGAUGCUGUUUCAAGGAAAAAGUUCAGCGGAGGUCCUGCACUGGCUCAACAGAAUCCUAACACUGAACAGCAACCGUCAAACACUAACAUAGUAUCAAAUGAAGACUGCAAUCAAGGUCUAAAGAUGCAACGUAGGAGGCUGUCACUGAAAUCUGAGCUGCCUAGAGUGGACAAUGCCUGUGAAAAGGAUUCUAAGCCACCCAAUCAUCCCCUAAGCGAUAAGAAACUCAAUGAGCUGCCAUCAUCAGCAGCAAUCCCCAAAGGUGAGCUCAUGGCACCCAAUGAACUCCCAUUGUCGGCACCAGCAGUCCUUAAAAGUCAAUCCAAGGCUCUUGGCUUCGCUGGUGGACAGAAAGACUCCAGCUCAGACAAUUGCUCCACCAAAGAAACCACGGUUGCCAUCGAGAAGGUCAUCGUUUCAGACAGUGAAGACAGCGCAGACGAACGUGAAAGGCCCCCAAGAUCAAGGCUGUCAUUGAUGCGGAGACGAUUGGCUGGAAAGUUUUGAACUUAGUGUCACCGCAGAACUAUUUCUAUACUGCGUUGUAAAUUUUUGGAAGACGAGUAUUCAAAUUUGCUCAAGUAAAUUGUGCCUGUGUUUGUGGUAGAUCAUGCCCUAUAUAUGUUAUAUAUGUGUUAGAGAACUCUGUCGCCCUAGGUGGGGGAUGAUGCUCUGUUGUGGUGUCAUUCCUUGUGUUGUUAAAAAAAUUUGAAGACUAGAUUUUUGCCUAUGCGGUUCAGUUUUAGCAGCUGUGCAUGUAAUCUAUAAUGCAUUCGACCAGUGUUGGUGGUUCUAUUUUUUUUUAAUCAGAUGUCUCCGAAGGGCA